UAAUAAUAUGUCAUAGAUCCACGCGUUGUUGGUGAAAUAAACUGCACUCAUCCCAUCAACCAAUCGGAUUACAAUGCACUCUGUUGCAUUAACCUGCAAUGCCCUCGCAAUUUGCUGUGUCGAGGGGUACAUCAUCGUCGGGGUUGGAAAUCAAUUGAGGAUUUUUCGAGCCUCAAAUAAUGAAUUUAUCAGGACCAUCGAGACAUUACACGAGGAUGUGAUCCACAAUAUCGUAAAGUCCUCGAACAAAUUAAUUAUUUUCGGAGGAAAAUUCCUGAGUAUUUGCACAUUGGCAACGAAUCCUGAUAAUAUAACAAUAGAAGAUGAACCUCACGUGUUCGAUGACUGGAUCAUCGCAGCCGAGUUCUUCAGGGAGGACUCUCAGGAUAUUUAUAUUUUAUUCUCCCACAACAAUCUUUAUUUAUUCAAUUCGGAGACUGAAAAAUCCAAGAACGUCGAGUGCGAGGAGAGAUGCAUCUGCUAUGGGGGAUAUCUCUCGCGAGAGAGCCCCGAGGAAAUUCUUGUAUUCAGCUGCACCGUUUUCCAAGAGAUUUUACUUUGGAAAGUUGAUAAUAGAAUUGAUUAUUCGGUUGAUGUGGCCGUUCUGCAUCGCUUGAAGGGACACAGAGGCGUCGUUUUCUCAGCAUUCUAUCAUCCUGAACUGAGGCUCAUCACCUCCACCUCGGAUGAUAGGACAAUAAGAUUAUGGAAAGUUGGAGGGAAUCAUGGUAAUUCGAUUUCUAAAUCGAUAGACUGGAAGAACGUUGAGAUCAGGCUGCUAACCACCAUGUUUGGACAUACUGCACGAGUAUGGAAAUCCAUUAUCACGAAGGAUAGCGUUAUCAGCAUUGGAGAGGACUCCGUCAUCUGCGUCUGGUCCCUAACUGGCGUCCUCCGCACCAAAAUAAUGGCCCACGGAGGAGCGCCCAUCUGGAGUAUCGAGACCUCCCCUGACCAGUCAACAAUAUUAACAGGUGGAGGUGAUGGUGGAGUAAACAUCUGGCGCACGACCUCCCUCAAUCCCCCCUCGCUGAUCCCCCUCCUGACGUACGAAACGAAAACUCCCAAAUUCGUCAGUUACCUGAACUCAGGAGCUCUCGUGGUCUUCCUGGACGGAGGAGACCUGCUCCUCUACGACGUCCCCAAUCAACGCCAGGGAUCCCCCUCGCCCCAGGCGUUGAUGAACCUCCCUAGACUGAAGAGCUACUGUCUCAUGCAGACAUCACCAGACAGAAAAAAAAUCGCUCUAGCGUCGCAAGACGGUCACCUAAUAAUUUACGAGGCUAAAACCCCUGGAGAGGAUUCGAACCAGCACCUUCAGGAGGUUAUCAAUCAGGAGGUGAUGAACUCCAAGAUAUUUUCCCUCCAUUGGCUCUCCCCGGUGACCAUCUUGGUCUGUGGGAGCCAGGGGGUCCUAAAGGUUCUCGAUUUCUCCCAAAAAAAACUCAUAAUCAGUUCUGAAUUCACGUUACCCCCCAGUAAGGAAUGCUGGACGACAGCAGCGAUAGUUUCCUCAUCUCUGCUGAUCUGUGGAGACCGCGCGGGUAGCAUCAUCGUCUUCGACCUGUCCCCGUCCGCCCCGUCGGCCCCAAAGCAGACGUUCCCGAGGAUUCAUGGAAGGCUCGGGGUUCAGUCUUUCGGCACCUCAGGGGGGAGGAUCAUUAGUACCGGGAGAGACGGGACCCUGCGGUACCAUAAACUCCUGGAAGACGACUCUGGUGAGUACCUGAAGCCCCUGCACUGGAGGAAAAUGCCGAUGGAGUGGGUCAGCAGAUCCGUCAACACCGAAGACGACGUUUACAUCUUGGGGUUUAAGGAGAUUGAAUUCAUGAUCUACAGCAGUCGCCUCGAUAAAUUGGUCCUGAGAGUCAUCUGCGGAGGGGGCCACAGGUCCUGGGACUGUGUCUUCACAGAUGAUGUCGUUAAUUUUGUUUGUAUAAAGGACAAACAGGUGCACUCGCUGGAGAGUUCCGUCGACUCGAGUCGGAAAAUUAUUUCAGGGAAUCAUUCCAAGGAGGUGCACACCCUAGCUAUCCUCCCCACCGCCUCCAAGCAUACGAUUAUGAUGUCUGCAGGCGAGGACUGCAGCAUCAGAGUCAGUGCCCUGGAGCAGGGAAAGUCGGGGUGGGAAGCGUUGCCUUUGGACGUCUACGACGGACACAUAUCGAGUAUUAAGAAAUUAGAAGUUUUGAAUUUGGAGAUGACCGAGGGGGUGUCCAGGAACUUGGUGUUCUCUGCGGGUGCGAGGGCGCAGCUGAAGGUCUGGGCGGUCGAUCUGGACACCCAGAGGGAGAGUCUCAGGGGGGAGGAUAUCCUCGGGGUCGAACUGACGUCCUUUAUGCUCAAGGGGACUGAUAGGGACAGGAGGAAGUCCUCGCAGGCCCAGGAGGGCUCGUAUUGCCUGGAUCCUGAGACACGUUUCAUGGACUUGUCGGCCCAGCGCUGUCCGCAGGAUCAGAAUCUAGUGGUACUCCUCGUGGCGUGCUCUGAUGGUUUCAUCAGGGCUUUUGGGUACGAUAUUCAGGGGAUGAAUUUAUUUUUGGUGACUGCGAUUCCUUAUAAGAAUCAGUGCAUUCUGAACGUGCAUUUGUUUGCCGAUGAGAACGGGUGGAUUAUGGUCUCGAUGGCCACUGAUGGAUUGAUUAGGUUCUGGGACGUGGAUUUCGUGGGGGAAAGGAUUUUGAGGGGGAAGGGGGCACUGGGGGCGGAUGGAGACGGGCUUGAGGGAGAAAAGCUUCAGCCCUUUCAAAAUUGGAACGUCCACAGGUCCGGAAUUAACUGCUAUGAUUUUUUGAAAAAGGGAGGAGAAUACUUUCUGGCUUCGGGAGGGGAUGAUAAUCAUAUCUGCGUCUGGGCUUUCCAACUUUUGGGGGAAUCUGGGGAGAGGAAGAUGACGAUCACGCAGGCGUACACCUGCUGGGAAAUCCAUUCCGCACAAAUAACAGGUAUAAAAUUUAUGCCUCAUAAUCAAUUAUUGACGGCUGGCAUUGACCAAAUAGUGGUCUUGCACGACUACUAUUUUUGGAACGGGCAUUUGGAUAUGCAACCGAGAAAAGUCAUCCAAACGUGUGUGUCAGACUUACAAGGAUUGACAAUAUGUGAAAAUCCGGAAAAUUCUGAUGAUACAAUAGCAUUUCUUUAUGGACAGGGGAUGGAAGUUCUGCUUCAUCAAUAUGAACCUCUAUGGAAACUAUAGAAUAUAUAUAAGAAUGAAUUUUUUGCACUAUAUUUUUUAAACUUUAUAAUUAAUGCAAUUUAAAUUAAAUUUUUAAUAAAUGAAAAAAUAUAA